AUGGACGAUGGCAUUGUCCGAAUUCACCUUCCAAUAUGUGGCUCAGAAGUCGGCACCGAUUUCUUGGCUCACCACCCGGCUCAGGGGCAGGAAGAGGGGUUGGAGGUCGAGAUCGGCAUGGCCCGCAUGGGGAAGAACUACUGGACCAUGUACUCCGACGGCUCCAGUACCGAGGCCAGGUCCGGAGCCGGAGUCGUGAUCGAAUCCCCUCAAGGACAAAGGUGGCAAUUUGCGUUCCAGCUUGAUUUCAAAUGCACCAACAAUCAGGCCGAAUACGAAGCACUCAUCAUCGGCAUCGAAAUUCUGAAAGAAAUGAAGGCGACCCGUGUCUUGGUCUACGGUGAUUCUCAGCUGGUAAUUAACCAACCGACCGGGGAAUACCAGUGCACGAGCAAGAAUUUAACUAUGUAUUACGUAGCGGCCCUCAAUACGGCCGACGAUUUCUCUAGGAUUUCCUUUGUCCACGUACCAUGCGCCGAAAACCAUGAGGCCAAUGAGAUGGCCCAAGUGGCGUCAGGUGUGAAUAUUCCGGACAAUGACCACGGUCGUGUGAUAAGAAUCGAGAGGCGUACCUUGCCAGCUUUGGCUGAACGGGGAAUGACAACGCAAGUGUCAUUUGCCGAGAUCACCGACAAAGUCAACACAGCCGAGGCCGAUUGGCGCUACCCCAUAGUGAGGUACUUGCGCGACCCCUCUAGCAGCCAUGAGAGGACUACACAUUUCCGAGCUCGGUGUUAUUUAAUUUACCAGAACGAGCUAUAUCGAAAGGGAUCAGACGGCUUAUUGCUCCUAUGUCCCAGCGCCGAAGACAUCAAGGUUAUCAUGACCGAAUCCCACGAGGGGAUUUGCGGCGGUCAUCAGUCUGGCGUCAAGAUGAGAUGGUUGGUUCGGAGGCACGGCUAUUACUGGCCGACCAUUUUAAAAGAUUGCAUAGAGUAUGCGAAGGGGUGUAUCAAAUGUCAAAUCUACGGCCCCAUACAAAGGGUACCAACCGAGGCCCUCCACCCGGUUACUAAACCAUGGCGGUUCAGAGGUUGGGCUGUGGAUAUCAUCGGCAAAAUCUAUCCGGCCGCGUCCAACCAACACGCAUGGAUUUUGGUGGCAAUCGACUAUUUUACUAAAUGGGUCGAGGCGGAGUCCUAUCGGUCAAUUUCUAGCGCACAGGUGGUCAAAUUCUUCGAGAAACACAUCGUCCACAGGUUCGGUAUACCUGAAACUAUCACGGCCGACAAUGGCCUAGUUUUCGCAUCGGCCGAAACCUGGGAGUACACUGAAAAAAUGGGGAUCAAAUUGGUUCACUCAACACCUUACUACCCCCAGUCUAACGGACAGGCCGAGGCGAGCAACAAGGAAAUCAAGGGCAUCCUUGAGAAAAUGAUUGAGGAAAAACCAAGGGCAUGGCACGACUUACUCCCUGAAGCCCUUUGGGCUUUCCGAGUCACAAAACGAUCGGCCACGGGCACAUCUCCUUAUGCCUUAACCUACGGUCAUGACGCCAUCGUUCCAAUGGAGUUAAAGGUUCGGUCUCUCCGUGUGACCGAGCAGCCUGGUGAAGAAAGGAAGGACUAUGCGCAAGCUAUGGCUCAGGAGUCAGAAGACUUAGAGCAGUCCAGACUCGAUGCUUAUAACCUAAUGCAGGCACAGAAGCAAAUCGCGGCAAGGGCCUAUAACUGA